AUGUCGUCGUUACAGGACCCGGCGGUGCAGUUCGACUACGCCGACGAUAAGAAUGCUUUCGCUCGAGGGACAGGUGACGGAGUUCAACCCGUCGACGUCGGAAACAAUGUCUUGGAAAGCGUCGACUCGAUCUACGGCGACACGGCCCAGGACAUGAGGGACAUGUUGCGACUCGGCAAGAAGCAAGAGUUCGAGAGGAACUUCUCCUUCACGGCAACUCUGGGGUUCAUCUCCAUCUACAUGGCAACGUGGGAAUUCGUCCUCGUCUCUCUCGCGGCGGGUCUUGUGAACGGCGGCUUCGCAGGUCUCUUUUGGACGUUCCUCGGCACCGUGCUCUGCUACAGCAGCAUCGUCGCGAGUCUGGCCGAGAUGGAGUCCAUGGCUCCCACCAGCGGCGGUCAAUACCACUGGGUCAGUGAGUUCGCACCGCCUCGGUACCAGAGGUUCCUCAGCUACUCCACCGGGUGGAUGAGCACGCUGGGAUGGCUGUCAAGUGUAGCCAGUUCCGUCUUCGUGUGCAGCACACUGAUUCAGAGUCUCGUCGAGAUCGGGGACGACAGCUUUGUGUUCCCAAGGUGGCAGUACACGCUGCUCAGUUUGGCCUUUUUGGUCGUCACGAUUUUCUUCAACACCUGGGGCGCGAAGAGUCUGCCCAUGAUCGAGAAGGUGUCGCUGGUCGGGCAUAUUCUGUGUUUUUUCGUCACCAUUGUCCCGCUCUGGGUCAUGUGUCCUAAGAACAGCGCCAAAGAUGUCUUUACGACGUUUGUCGACAAUGGCGGUUGGGGGAAUGUAGGAACCGCGUGUCUCGUCUCUCAGGUUUCCGUGUUGUAUUGUAACCUCGGCUCCGACUCAGCUUGCCACAUCUCCGAAGAAGUCGCCGAUGCAGGCCGAAACGUACCUCGCGCAAUGUGGUGGUCGUUCAUACUCAACGUCGGGCUAGGCAUCGUCAUGCUCAUCACGAUGCUCUUCUGCAUCGGCAGCCUCGACGACGCUCUCGACGCAGAAAUCCCAUACAUCCAACUCUUCAUCAACACCGGAAGCUCUGCCCUCGCCUACGUACUCACCAUCAUACUCCUGAUCCUCAUAUUUUCAGGCAACAUCACCGCGUUGGCCACCACAAGUCGCGAAGUCUUUGCCUUCUCACGGGAUCACGGGCUUCCGUUUUCCCGAUGGCUCAGCAAGAUGGAAAAAUCCCGAAACAUCCCAUUCAACGCAGUAUACACUACUGCAUUCUGGUCCGGGGUGUUGUGUCUGAUCAAUUUUGCAAGUGCCACGGCGUUCAACAUCAUCAUUUCGCUUACACUGUUGGCGUUGCUGAGCACGUACAUGUUGAGUAUUGGAUGCGUGUGUCUGAAGCGGAUCAAGGGACAGCCGCUCCCUCCGGCUCGAUGGAGUCUCGGACGGUACGGGCUCGCCAUCAAUUUGUUCGCGUUCUGUUACUCUGCGUUCGCGAUAGUCUUUAGCUGCUUUCCGUCGAGCCUGCCUGUUAGCACGGGCGAUGCAAAUUGGGCACCCGCCGUGUGGGCCGCUGUUAUUAUUCUCAGUUUUGUCACGUACCUGGUUCAUGGGAGGAAACAUUUCACUGCUCCUGUGUCAUUCGUUGAGGGGCAUAGAACAGGUGGGUUGCAGAAGACUGACUAG